GCUAUCGAGCAAAAUAGGGCAUUCAGGGGGAAUAGAAAGCACCGGAAGAGUUCAAAUUGGGGAUGUGGUGACCGCAAUAUCCAUAAACAAUGACGAAAUGCAAUAUCUCUCAGUUGGACCCCAAAAGACACAACACGAGCGAGCCUCACAUGUAUACUCCAUGCUAAAGCAGGCGAGAGGGCAUAUUCGUCUCCAAGUUGAGCGUUACAAAGAAGAGGAAGAUGAGUACCAAGCUCAAUUUGAAGCAAUUCCAGAGGCCGUUCGUCCAGACAUGGUGGAAAUCUACUCAAACACUCAUCAAGAGGCAAAUCAAGAUCACAAAGAGGCUCCAUGCUUUAAUCAUAUUGAGGCUUUUUCAGGCAAUUGUACUGGGCUUAUUUGCGGGAACACUAUUCUACAAGCUUGGCGGCAAUUACAACCAACAGCAGAUGAACUCAGUAAGGGCCCUCGGAUUUGUAUCCACCAUGAGCAUUAUGCUCAUAAAUUUGGUGCAGCUUCCUCUCUAUAUGCUCCAGAGGCCAAUAUUCUACAAGCACAAGGCUCAGAGAUUUUACAGGGUCUCCUCAUAUGUUGUUGCCCAUUGCGUAGUCAACCUACCGCAGACCCUAAUAGAAGCAAUAGCAUAUACAGUGAGUGUCUAUUUUCUAGCUGGGCUAUCAUCAACAGGAAAUGGAGCACCUUUUUUCCAGUUUUUGCUACUCCUGUUCUUGGUCGCAUAUUUUGGAUCAUCAGUAUUUUUCUUUCUCAGUGCAAUUUCUGCAAUCCCAGAAGUUGGGAAUGCCUUGGCAGGUCUCCUAGUUUCAAUCUUCCUGCUGUUCAGUGGUUUUGUGAUUUACCCAUCCAAUGUGCCUGUAUACUGGAAAUGGCUAGUCCACACGAACCCAAUCCACUGGGCCAACGUCUUAUUUUGCAAGAUUCAAUUUGCAAAUGAAUAUCAAGAUCCUUGCUCCAGCUACCAAAGCCAACUUGCCUUCUGUGAUCAAUUCCCUAACAUGACUGUUGGAAAAGCAUACCUCAAAUUCUAUCAGCUGUCUGAAGAUGCUGAAAAGCCCUGGCUACCUAAUCUUGUUCUUAUUGGGUGGACUUUCAUUGCCAACUUCCUCGGAUUACUGGGACUAAAGAAGAUAGAAUUCACAGGAACCAGCCAAUCCUUACCCUCUAUCAGAUCGUCCCCAACAAUCAGCAACUAUAAAAUCAAAAUGAACAAAUCGUUAGUUUCAAAGCUCCUCAAUAUUCUGGACGACAACGAUACGGAAAAAUAA